CGCUCUGCGGGUCUGAAAGAGGUUUUUGCACGAUCCGUUCCGUUUCAUGUGCGUGCAACUGACUGACUGACAGGUGCAUGAGUCACGAUCUGUGCAAACGCGUUAGACGAGCAGUGAGGGGGGAGGGCUAAAGGCGGCAACGGAUUGAUCAGUGAUCCCCCCCUUCAACUAUCGGCUUGAGCAUAGUAUACAGAGUAUGGUUAGAGUACGCACUAUGGAGAGCCAGCACUCAGCAGCCUUCCGUCGUGGUCCUGGUGGACGGGCGGACUGGUGGUUCCGGUCCGUUUCCGGCGUCUCGGGUGCCUGAAGCCACGAUGGUUCCACAGGCCUGGUCCUGGGAUGGGGAGGUACGUAGAUUAUGUAGGUACGGCCACGUCCCGUCUCUAAAGCCAGUACUAGUAGUGGUCUCUGGAGUCUGGAGCCAGCCAGCCAGUAGGAAGUAUUUCGAUACUUUGUGGGUGGUGGUCAAUGGUCAUCGGUCAUCGUGGGCGUGGAAGUGGCAUGCGACACGCGAGCGCAGCCAUCGUUUGCCAGUAGAUAACCAGCAUACCUGGAGUUUAUGGUACAUGCCUCAUACCAGGGGGACAUUGGCCCAGGUACCCAGGUACCCACCAGUGGCGACGACGACACCUUCGCGAGUUCUUCAUAGCACGAGUCUGCUGUCGGUUAAACUCGAGUCUCUCCCUCCCUCUUUUUUCUUUCCUUUUUCCGCUUUCCUUUUUUCCCUCCUCUCGGUCUUCGUUCACCAUCGGACGCGCGCAGCAGUGCAGAUGCCUGGGGACUUAUCGACUAGGCAGCGGGCGCAUGUAUGGUGAUAGCACUUAGGCCACCGCACGCCCGCCCGCGGAUGCGCGAAGGUGGGCACGAGCCAGAAGGCAGAUGCCCCCCCUCAAUUGUCGAUCGAGGAUGUUGACGACGGAAAAGCCGCGCAAACGAAGGGCGAGAGCGGCGUGGUCCUGUCGAGUUUAAAGUAUCUAUUUAGCUGUAGAUAGCGAGCCUAGGCACGGGAAUAGAGUACGAGUUGUAUGCAGAGUGGUUGACUACAUCG